UGCGGCUCUCAUCCUCGGUUAUCGCUCCGCGGCGUGGCAUCAGGUCCCUUCGACUUUCAGGUACCACACUUACAACAUCAAACAGAUCUGGAAAAUCUCGAGCCAUGACCGAGUACCGCCAGUAUGCUGUUCCGCACCCAGAAUGGAUCGAUUUUCCCAACAACCUUCCUCCAGGCACGCGACAUGGCGUUCAAAUGAAUCGGGAGCGGAAAGACAUAUCGCCAGAUCCAGCACUCGAUAUUUUCGAGUUCACAAUCAAGGCUCGCGAUUUUUACAACAUCCGCCUCCGCGCCUAUCGUCGCAAGGGCAGAUCUGACUUGCCGCUAUUCCUCUAUAUGCAUGGUGGCGGUUUUAUGACAGGCUCGCUAGAAACGGAUGAUCGUUCUUGUAGGGUCUUGGCAACAGAGGUCGAUGUGUGCAUUCUGAGCAUCGAGUACCAACUCGCACCAGAGCAUCAGUUCCCAGUGGGGUUCGAGAAUUGCUGGGAUGUCCUGAAAUGGUGCGCUAGCACAGCGGCGAAAGAGAAGAUGAGCAUCGACCUGAGCAGGGGGUUUAUUGUUGGUGGGACAUCAGCAGGCGCAAACUUUACAGCUGGUCUUGCUCAUCGAUAUCGCGAUGAGGGACUGGCACCAAGGAUCACAGGCCUGAUAUUUUGGGCUGGAAGUUGGUGCCAUCCGGACGUUCGACCUGCGCACCUAAAACCACGGAUUCUUUCUGUCGACGAGAUAGACGAUGCUCCCGGCUUAACAAAGACGUCGAUUGAGUACUUCUGGAAGAAGUAUGGCGCUCCAAAGGACGAUCUGAGAUACUCACCGCUCCUCCACGAAGAAUGGAAGGGCGUCGCAAAGAAGGCAUACUUUGCCAUCUGUGGCUGGGAUCCGCGCCGCGAUGAGGCGAUUGUGUUCGCAGACAUACUAAGGGACAAUGGACUCGAGGUAGAAGAUCGAAUUUAUGCAGGUUUGCCUCACGGCUUUUGGACGACAUGUCCGGAGCUUCCUGUCAGCAAAGCGUGGGAAGAUGAUGCAGUGGAGAAGAUCAAGUGGGCACUUCUUCAGAGCUCAAAAGUCUCAUAAUCGAUGCUUGUGAUUGCCUCCAAGGUCGACAUGAAAUUGGUUUGGCGUAACGAUUUUGCCCAGUCUGUAGGGGAUAGGAUUUCAAGCCUAAUGCGAGUCUCUCGAGAACCCACUCGAAGAAUUUCGUUUUG